AUGACCACCACGACUGAACUCACCCCGCUGCUCAAGCGCCUCAAGCUCGGCGCCGUGCUCAACACCCUGCCGGAGAGGGUCGCUCUCGCACGCAGGGAUCAGAUCGACUACGCAUCCUUCCUGCAGAUCAUACUGACCGAUGAGAUCAACCGCAGAGACCACAGGCGGCUCGAGCUCCGCCUCCAGAGGGCCGGCUUCGAGCAGACCUGCCGCCUCGAAGACUUCGACUGGUCCGCAUCCAUCACACUCGACCGACGACUCCUAGACGCCGCCUUCUCCCUCCAGUUCCUGGACCGCAACGAGCACGUCCUGCUCGUCGGACCGGUCGGCGUGGGCAAGAGCUUCAUCGCUCAGGCCCUCGGAUAUGCUGCCGUCAGAGCCGGGCAUACCGUCCGCUUCGUACAUGCCGACGACUUCUUCAGGGCCAUGGCUCAGGCCAGGGUGGACCACUCCACGGACAAGACCUUCCGCUCCUUCCUCGCCCCGGACCUGCUCAUCCUCGACGACCUCGGUCUCCACAGGAUGACCCAACAGCAGUCCAUAGACCUCUACGAGCUGGUCAUCGCCAGGCAUCGUACCGCCAGCUUCGUCAUCACCUCCAACAGGGCUGUCGACGAGUGGCUCGGACUCUUCGACGACCCCAUCCUCGGCAACAGCGCCCUCGACCGGCUCGCCAACGCCAGCUACCAGAUCGUCAUAGAAGGCGCCAGCUACCGCGAACGCUUGUCACCCCACAGGGCUCUGCUGGACGGACUGGAUGCAAAGGAGGUGGUUGACCCUCAAACCGCAGGGUGA